UGCGGAAGCAAACCUGGAGACCUCCGAUGCAGGCACGGAAGCCACGAUUGAAGCGCCUGCACAGCUCUGACUCGAUUUUUGGCAUUCCCUCAACAACUCAUUCAGUGUCCGCACCACCUACUGACGGCCAUUCAUCAUGUCUAUGGUAAAGAUUUGGUCUAUGAAGAAGUCGCAAGAUGCGGCUGCCAAGAAGAAGCCAAAAACGAGUGCAGCCCAGAUCCGUGUCCAGAAAGAUUUGACGGAGCUGGAGCUGCCGAAAACGAUGACGACCACGUUCCCUAACCCCGAAGAUCUUCUCAAUUUCACGCUUACACUGACACCAGACGAAGGAAUGUACCAGGGGGCAUCCUUUGAUUUCUCCUUCAACAUCAACAAUAAUUACCCGCAUGAGCCACCAAAGGUCAAGUGCAUCCCUAAGAUUUAUCAUCCUAACAUAGACCUAGAGGGAAAUGUUUGUUUAAAUAUUCUUCGGGAAGACUGGAAGCCCGUGCUCAACCUCAACUCGGUCAUGGUUGGGCUUCAGUAUCUUUUCCUUGAGCCCAAUGCCGAUGACCCCUUGAACAAAGAUGCGGCCGAGGACCUGAAACGGGAUCGCGAGGGCUUCAUGCGGAACGUCAAGAAUUCUCUGAGGGGUGGGACGGUCAAAGGAGAAACAUUUGACCGCGUUUUCGUCACGUCGCGAUAGACAUGUGCUCAUAUGAUCAUAGACACCGCAUACACACCGAUACAGCACCUUAUCUGCCGUAAUGUACCUUCAUACUUGAUUUGCCGUCAACGAUACCUUCACUUCCCUUUGUGAUCGGUUUUGUCCCAUUCAUUGAUAUGCAAACCGUGGAUUAGACCGUUUCUGGACCACAUAUCAGGAACCCCUGUAUGUAGUGUAAGACCAAGGGCUAAGCAGUAGAGGGAUAUGAUAAUGUUCGUCCUUGGCGAUAUGGAA